CAUGGCCGAGGGCACUCGGGAGAUUCCGCUCACUCUUGGUAGGGGCGGCUAGCGCUCGGGUAUCUCCGGACCCACUCGGUCAUCUCCGUGAAGGCUCCGGUCCCUCAGCCUCCGUCUACCCGACUCGAGCGCACUCGAGUGUCUCCGCUGGGGGCGGGUGCCGCUGCUCCGGAUCAUGGCUGCUUCUGGCCGCGGGGUGAGCGCUGGUGCGGGCUUCGAAUAACUGCAGCAGCAGCAGCAGCAGCAGCAGCAGAAGCGGCGGCGGCGGCGGCGGCGCCGGCGGCGGCAGCGGCAGCGGCGGUAGCCGAGGCAGAAGCCCAGCUAGACGAGAAGAGCUCGGCUGAAGCCGAGGAGAGCAGGCACGCUGCUUCCAGACGUGUCGGAGCAGUUUGCUCCCCCAGAGGUGGCACCUCCCAUCCUGCUGAAGCUGGUGGAGGCCAUCGAACGGAAAGGGCUAGACGGCGAGAUGCUGUACAGGGCGUCUGCCUCAGGGCUCAGGGCCGAUUGGACUCUGGGGGACAUAGAGCAGUGGGAUGUCCUCACCCUUUCGGAGACCCUGAAGAGUUACCUACAGGCGCUGCCCGGGCCCCUCGUCCCACCCUCUGCUCAUGGAGACCUCCUCCAUGCACUGCAGGAAGCGCCUCAGCCAGAGACCUGUCGGAAGCAGCUGCUGGCAUUGCUGGAGCCCCCGGGCGUCCCCCUGCAAAACUCUCUGGCCCUGCACUUCCUACUCAGGCACCUGGGGAAGGUGGCUCAGCAGGCAGACCGCAACGGGCUCAGCCCCCGGGUGCUCGGGGAGAUCUUCGGGCCCUUGCUGCUGAGGCUGCCAAUUUCGGGAGCUGAGUCAACCACGGACUUCUCCGUGCUGCUGCUGGAGACACUGCUGCAGGACCAGGAUGAGGAGCAGGAGCCGGCACCCCCAGCGCUGCCCCCAAAGCCCUCCAAACCCAAGGCCUCAGCCAACAAUAUGCCCACUGGGAAUGGCCCCACCCUGCAGGAGUCUGAAUGGUACUGGGGCGACAUUUCCAGGGAGGAAGUGAAUGAGAAGCUCCGGGACACCCCAGAUGGAACCUUCCUGGUCCGGGAUGCAUCCAGCAAGAUCCAGGGGGAAUACACCCUGACCCUGAGGAAAGGAGGCAACAACAAACUCAUCAAGAUCUUCCACCGGGACGGACAGUAUGGCUUCUCAGAGCCACUGACCUUCGGAUCCGUGGUGGAUCUGAUCACAUACUACCGACAUGAAUCUCUGGCCCAAUACAAUGCCAAGCUGGACACCCGCCUGCUGUACCCCGUGUCCAAGCACCAGCAGGACCAAGUGGUGAAGGAGGAUAGCGUGGAGGCAGUCGGGGAGCAGCUGAAGGUAUACCACCAGCAGUACCAGGACAAGAGCCGUGAAUACGACCUGCUGUAUGAGGAAUACACCCGCACCUCGCAGGAGCUGCAGAUGAAGCGCACAGCUAUUGAAGCUUUCAAUGAAACCAUCAAGAUCUUUGAAGAGCAAGGCCAGACCCAGGAGAAAUGUAGCAAAGAGUACCUGGAGCAGUUCCGGCGAGAGGGCAAUGAGAAAGAGAUCCAACGUAUCCUCAUAAAUUCGGAGAAGCUCAAGUCCCGCAUCGCAGAGAUCCACAAUAGCAAGAUAAAGCUGGAGCAUGACCUGCGGGUCCAGUCGGCUGAUAACCGUGAGAUCGACAAGCGCAUGAACAGCCUCAAACCCGAUCUCAUGCAGUUGCGCAAGAUCCGGGACCAGUACCUGGUGUGGCUGACCCAGAAAGGAACCCGGCAGAAGAAGAUUAAUGAGUGGUUGGGCAUCAAAAAUGAGAAUGAGGACCAAUACUCCAUGAUGGAGGACGAGGAAGACCUCCCCCACCAUGAGGAGCAGACGUGGUACGUGGGCAAGAUCAACCGCGGGCAGGCAGAGGAGAUGCUGUGCGGCAAGCGAGACGGGACUUUUCUCAUCCGUGAGAGCAGCCAGAGGGGCUGCUAUGCCUGCUCUGUGGUAGUGGAUGGCGACAUCAAGCACUGCGUCAUCUACAAGACAGUGACCGGCUAUGGCUUUGCAGAGCCCUACAACCUGUAUGCUUCACUCAAAGAUCUGGUGCUGCACUACAAACACACAUCUCUGGUGCAGCACAACGACUCGCUGAACGUCACACUGGCUCACCCCGUGCUCUCCCCACCACCCGCCCAGUGAACUCCGGGUCUCCCCUACUGUCCCAGAGCAGAAGGAUAGGGGAGAAAGUGGCUUCUCUGGGGCUUUCCCUCACCCUUAUUCACACCCCUCCCCUCAUCCCCCCACUCUUCUCCCUCCUUUUCUGUCCCCCCACUCUUCUCUCUCCU